AUGUCCACCAAUGAUAGCCAAGAGCUGCUCUCGCCGCGAAUUGCCAAAAGCGAUGCCUUCCAGGCCGACUCGAUCACGGCCGCCUCGCCAAAGGCGGAAUCGAGUCGGCUUAUAGCGAAUGGAGAAGACGUUAUCGUGCCGGCAGACGAGCUGGAGGAUGAUCUUGCCGAGUCAGCAUCAGCGUUUGGUGGGCGCGCGUUGCCAUGGUGCGAGCCGUGGCUGUGGUCGGUGGUUAAGGUGCUGCUGCUCGUGCUGCUCUGGUACACCUUCAGCAUGGCGCUCUCCCUGUACAACAAGGUGCUGAUCGGCGAGAAGCACGGGCGCUUCCCUGCACCGCUGAUGAUGACCACCUUCCACUUCCUGCUGCAGGGCGCCAUCGCCUCGCUGCUGCUGCGCUGCUGCUGCCAGUCCUGGCUGCCCGCCACGCCCAUCUCCUGGCGCGACUACUUCCUGCGAGUGGUGCCCACGGCAGUGGCCACAUCGCUUGACAUCGCCCUCUCCAACCUCUCUCUCGCGCUCAUCACCCUCACCUUUUACACCAUGUGCAAGUCCAGCGCGCCUGUUUUCCUCCUCCUCUUCGCCUUCCUCUUCCGCCUGGAGACGCCAAGCUUCAAGCUGCUGGGCAUCAUGCUCGUCAUCUCCGUCGGGGUGCUCUUCACAGUGGCGGGGGAGACGGAGUUUGAGCUGCUGGGAUUCAUUCUAGUCAUGGUGGCAGCAUUUGUGUCGGGUCUCAGAUGGGUGCUGCUGCAAGUGCUGCUGCAGGGGGACAAACUUGGUCUCACCAACCCGCUGCUCACGCUGGCCUAUCUGGCGCCCGUGAUGGCGCUCGUGUGCGGCGUCUUCUCACUGCUCCACGAGCCCUGGUCCGCGCUCACCUCGUCGCCCUACUUUGACACGUGGCAGCACACCCUCUGGAGCUUCGCCAUCAUGCUCGUGGGCGGCAUCCUCGCCUUCUGCAUGAUCAUGGCGGAGUUCCUGCUGGUGCUGGAGACGAGCGCCGUCACCUUCUCUGUGGCCGGCACCGUCAAGGAGGCCGCCACCAUCCUCGUGUCGCAUGCGGUGUUUGGCGACCGAUUCACCGCGCAUCAACCUGCUGGGCAUCCUCAUCAUCAUGCUCGGCGUCUCCCUCUUCAACCUCUACAA